GUUAAGGGGACAUACGAGUCGGAAAAUGACGAAUUUUUAAUUUUUUUUUCGAUUUUUUUUUCUUUCAGAUUUUGAAAAUUUAACCUUUUUUUUAUAUGAAUCAUAUUAUAUUUUAGCAUAAAAAUGUUUGUAAAUAUGUGUAUUUUGACUUUGAACAUGUACACCUUUUGGUGAUUAUUUACAAAUUAUCGAAAUUUAUCAAUGUUUACACCUUGGAUACGAUAUUACCAAUCUAACAAAGCUAGGACCAUGAUACAUCAAAAGAAAGGUCACGAUCCGAUUUAUAUGUUUAUCUGGGGUUCAAACUAAUGGAUUUAUAUGUUUUUUUUGUAAUUCGUAUUUUUCCGAGCUAUAUAAUCUACGGAAACUUCCUUAUAUGGCACAUCGGCAAAACUCGGAAAAAAUCGACUAAUCAGAAUGUGCCGUUUCAUCCGGAAAAGGCGUUUCAAAAUGGCCGACAGCGUAAACACAUUCUUGUAGUGAAAGUCACUGAAAGCCUUGCACAAGACAGUUUCAGUUGUUUGGUAUUUGUAAACAUCAAAGAAAAUAUCUUUUACAUUAAAAUGCCUCGACCAAAGGGACGAAGAAUGCUAGAGAAGCUCAAUAAAGCAAGAAAUGUUAUGCUAUCUGACAAGCUGCGUGGAAAUUCCUCUAGGUCUAGGUCUAGUUUAGAUCCAGCAUCAGAAGGACAACGUGGUGCAUCCAGAUCGAAAUUAGACCGUCUUUCAAUAAAUACUGAUGUUCCAAGUGAUCUAGAUCUACAAGAAACAGAGCAAUUAUGGACUAUUGCUAAUACUAAUCAGCUUACUGAUUUGAUGUCGGAUGCAUUAUGCCCUAAUUGUUUUCAGUCAAGUUUGACUAUUAGAGUUAUAAAAGAUGAAAACAUGGGGUUCGCAUCAAAGUUGAAGUUAUGUUGUAGAUCUAGAUGUAGUAGUUGUGGAUAUACUAAAUCAAAGUUUUCAUCUCCAAGAAUACAAAAAAGUAACUGUUCAAAUGUUGCAUUUGAAAUAAACACCAAGAUGGUUUUAUACAGCCAUGAGAUAGGAAAGGGUUUCACUUCGCUGCAGACAUUUAGCAGCGUCCUAGGAAUUUCUGGAAUCAGCCAGAGAGCCUUUAAAGACCAUGAUAAUAAAAUCACAGACUGUGAAGUGGAAUCUGGGGAAGACAUGCUUUACCGCACAGCCAACGCCAUACGUCAAGCUUAUGCAGAGACGGAUGAUGACAUUAGGGAAGCCAUUGAACGAGGAGAAAACCCUUUGAUUGACAUUUCAGUCAGUUAUGAUGGGACCUGGCAAAAGCGAGGCUUUACAUCGCUUUAUGGUGUAGGUGUCUGCAUCGAUUUACUAACAGGUCUUGUUGUCGACUUCGAUAUUAGAUCUAAGUACUGCCAUGCAUGCCACAUACAGAAAGCUGAGAGCAUGAACGCAACUGACCUCGCAGUUUGGAAAGAACAGCAUGAUUGCUGUAGUAAUCACCACAAAUCCAGCAAGUCUAUGGAACAGGACAGUGCUGUAAUUCUGUGGAAUCGUUCUGUGGCAAAAUAUAAUUUUAGAUAUGUGGAGAUGCUGAGUGAUGGAGAUUCUUCUGCUUUUAAAGCUGUGCUUGAGUCUAAGCCAUAUGCUGAUAAAGCUGUUACUAAACUUGACUGUAUCAAUCAUGCCCAUAAACGUAUGGGGACAGCGCUUCGAAAACUUGCCAAAGAAAGCCAUCUUGGUGGCAGAGGAGUUGGCAGGUUAACAGAAAAAAAAUGUGACAGUUUGCAAAAUUUUUAUCGUGGUGCUAUAAUAGACAAUAUUCCAGAUGUGUCCAAAAUGAGGAAUGCUGUUUGGGCAGGAUUAUACCACUCCAUGUCUACAGAUACUGAACACCAUCAUCGACAAUGUCCAUUAGGAGAAAAUAGUUGGUGCUGGUACCAACAAGCGAUUUCGUUGGGACAAGACCCUGACAGCCACUCUAAUCAUAAGGCAUCAACAUUUUUGUCUCUAGAGGUGGCUCAGAAGCUAAUUCCAAUUUAUCGAAGAAUGUCAGAUGAGUCCUUGCUUCAACGAAUGGCUCAUGGUGGUACUCAAAACAACAACGAAAGCCUUAAUGCUAUGAUUUGGACGAGAUGUCCUAAAACAAGUUUCAUGGGACUUGGCAGAGUGAAAGGCAGUGUUGCUAGAGCUGUGUCAAUAUUUAAUGCUGGCGCCAAUGAAUUAAUUAACGUGAUGAAUAAGAUGCAUAUUGAUGUUUCUUAUGUAACAUUAAAUAAUUUAAAAAAGGUCAAUGAUAAAAGAAUUAUUCAGUCUGACACUACUAGCCAAGAGGAUUAUAGAAAAAGAAGAAAGACUGUUUCUUUAACACGGUUUGAAAAAGUCAGAGAGGAAUUGGCCAAAGAUGGGAAUGUAUAUGGUGCUGGUGCUCAUUAGCAAUACUACUGUCAAUAUUUUUUUGUAUUAUAUAAUUUUUUUUGUUUUUAUUCAUUAUUGUUAGAGCAUAUUGACAGUUUAGUUGCUGUUUUAAUUAUUUGAAACAAAAAUGUAAUAACUAAUUUGUAGCAAAAUUUAAACAACACCAUCUGAUUAUGUUUAUGUAAAUAAUAUAGAUCAACAAACUUUUUCAAAUAUAUUAUGAUACCUUAAUUCAAGAGAAAAUGUUAGCAAGUUUUAUCUAAACUGACAAUUAUAUAUAUGCUAUCUAAAGAACUCCCUAGAUGAAUAGUAGAGAUAUAACAGAACUACUGAACAGUUAUCAUGAGUUUCAGAUUUUGAGUUAGCGCUUUUUUCUUAUUUGACAUUGUUAUAUAUAUGACAUUUUUUCAUUUUAAUCUUCUGUGAACUUCAAGCAAGCUCUUUUCUUUAGUAUUUAAUAUUUAUUGUUGCAAAUUGUUUGGGUUUUUAGAUUGCACACCGGUACAUCCUACAUUCUUAUCAAGUUUUUUUUUCUUUAUGGUUGCUAAAUGUUAUACCCGGUAUAUAAUAUAUUAUUUUAUAAUGUAAUCUGGAUGGAAUAUACUAAAUAGCUAUUUUUAAAAGCUGCUAUACUAAAGUGUAAAUAACAUAUAUUUGCUAUUCAGUGAUUUUCUGAAUAAAUUUUUGUAAUUGAAUUUUUUUUCUUUCUUUUUUUUGUAUUUUUGUAUAUAUCUCUAUCUGCCAAACGCUAAGGCUCUGAAACUACUUUUGGAACUUAUUUGAUAUUUGGCAUAAUUAUUCUGUACAUAUAUAUCUACAUAUGCAUGCAAAAACUUUUUGAUAUUUGCGUAAGUUGGAUUUUUGUUUGAAAUACUACUCUGUAAUACAAUUGCGUACAAUUUACGUUUUAUUUUCCCAAUUAGUUGCUAUACUUAUAUGAAAUUUAGAAUAUGCUCUUUACUAAAUAUAGCUAUUUUUAUUAUGUUUUCAGAUACUUAUUAUACUAACCUAUAAAUUACAUGCAUGUUAUCUAGUAUUUUCCUGACAAAAUUUUUGUAAUUGAAAUUUUUUUUUUUUUUUUUUUCAUUUUCUUCUUUUUUUGUUUUUGUAUUAAUGUAUAUAUAUAUAUAUGAAUCCUAUACUCUAAAGCGAGAAAUUCUUGUAUAUAUAUAUAUAUACAUUUUAUUUCGAAAACGGCUCUAACGAUUUUCUUUAAAAAUUUCAAGGUACGUGUAUAUUAGUGAGAAGAACAUUCUCAGCUCAUUGGCACAUCGGGAAAACUCGAUCUAGACCACGUUCUCUUUGAAAAAUUAAAACUGCCAAAUACGAGUUCGCCCAAUGUGGGCAACGAGCUAUAAAUUCUUCUCUCAGCGAUAUGAGUCAACUGUUGAAUUUCUAGGAGAAUGGUUAGCACAGGUUCCACAACGACCCCGACAUUCCCCAACGAAUGUUAGAAACUAGUUAAAACUUUAAGAAGUACGUUGCAAAAUUAUACACAAAAUGAUGUUGUAUACACAAGUAGUAAAGUUCCCCUUUCAGACCUUGUGGUCUAUGUGGCAGAUGAUGUAAAGGUCAUCUGUUUCUGUGGCCGACGGUUAACGAGGGUGUCAUGGGGCCAGCGCAACGACCAACCGCAUUUACUUUUCUCCGACUAAUGUCAGGUACCCAUUAGAGAACCUCUAAAACCUCUCGAAAUUAAAAAUCCCAGUCUUCACCAAGAUUCGAACCCGGUACCCCCGAUUGAGAAGCCAAGCGCUUUACCGCUCAGCCACAUCGCCUCCAUUGUAUACACAAGUAAAUGGCAAUAUAUAAAAAUAUAUAAUUAAUUUUUGUUACAAUCUCCCUUUGAUUUUAAUACGAAUUACUUUUUUUGUUUCAAAAACUGUUUUAUUUAUUUUUUAGCGACCUUGCUAAGAAAAUGCUGCCUUUGUGUUUGCUCAGUGUCUUUAUGUCUGUCUGCUUCCGUUGUACUUAAAAAAAAGUUUAUCGCCUACAAAUGGUUUGCUUAAAUACAAUCAUUUUUGUAAUGCAUAUGCAUGUUAUGUAAAUGCUCAUUAAAUGUAAAAAAAAAUGCAUAUUAAAGGAAAAAUAGAUUCUCUGCUACUCAAGGUCCUAUUGUGACACAUGUCAUUUUUCUCUAGAAAAUAAUAUUUCAUAAUAAAAAAAGUGUUUUUUCAA